AAAAAUAAUCUCGAAACGAUUUAAUAAAAAAAAUUACAGUUCAGCAACACGCCGAUAACUUUUCGCAAACUCUUCUCUCGUAACGAGAUUGUUUCGCAUAGAGUGAUAAAAUGGAGAAGAAUACUUGUCUCGCAAAUGGUUGUUACAUUUACAUUUAUGCUGGUUGAAUUAUCUUGUCACAUCUUCCGCGCGAGAGCAAGCUUCGCAGGAGCAAGUAAUGACUAUAAUCGAUAAUCCUGGCGAGCGCACCUGUCGUUACCUGUCGUAGUGGUACCGUUUGUCAGGUAAGAAGAUGGCGGUACAAUGGUGCUAUGGUGAUAGUUGACGGUGCUAGUGCUCCGCAGUGACAGUCGCCAGUUCUGACAGAACCAUCGCGACUGACGACUAAUUCGCUAAAAUGGAAUUCUCGUAAAAGAUAGCGCGAUCGUAGCUGCUCGCUGCUCGUUAUUACAAAAUUGUAAUCGAUCGGAUAAAGAUAAUUUAAUUUCUAAUAAUUUAUCGCCUACGCGUGAUCCUGACAAAUUGCAGAAUUGCAUCGUAAUUUAAAAUGCACGUGAGAAUUGCGCGAUACUAAAAUAUCGAUUUCGACGAGAACAGUGGAACCAUCCAUGGACGAUAUCUCCAAAGUGAUGCGAGGGCUGACUAUCGCUUGACAAUUUUCUAUCAUUCCAUCCUCGUCGGUGGCGAUCGGCAAAGAGGCCCUCGAAUUAAUUCGGAUUGAGCUGAAUUUGGCGCUUAUCGCGCUGGCACGCGCGGGUGAUGAGAGACGGCAAAAAUGAGGAUCGACCUAGCGGAAGUUGAAGUAUCGACGGAGGAGAGCUCUUCUGCCACCAUUGCCACAACCCCCGCCACGGUGGACUGCAACGGCAUGGACAGCACGGACGACUACGACGGGGUCGAGGCUGAAUUAACGAGCCUCUCCUGGUUGCAAUCCCUAGACAUCACCAGCGCGUCCGGCCUGCCGACGCCACCCUGCUCGCCGUCGCCGCCCCCGAUCACCCGUCAACCCCCGAAGAAGCUGUCGCCCUUGGUCAAGGCCGAACUAGAUCUUGCGGAAAAUGCCGACAAAUAUCGAACGGAUCCCGAUGCGAAGCCGCCGUUUUCCUACGCCACUAUUAUUUGUCUUGCGAUGCGCGCUAACAAUAACAAGGUCUCCCUUUCUAAUAUCUACGCAUGGAUUCGAGAGAAUUUCCUGUUUUACAAAUACGCCGAUCCAGCCUGGCAGAAUUCGAUUCGGCACAAUCUCUCGUUGAACAAAUGCUUCGUGAAGCUGCCACGUUCCAAGGACGAGCCGGGCAAGGGUGGCUUCUGGAAGCUGGAUCUCGAGAGGAUGGAGGAGGGCAAACGGUCCAGACGCCGUUCCGCGAUCUCGCAUCGGACCCGGGGCACGAAGAGGCAAUCUCCUUCCACGACGAUCGCGACGACGACGAUAGCGACGGCAACGAUAGCGACAGCGACGACGACGCUUAACGCUCUUCAGACUGGCAGCAGCUGCACACCGCCCACCAGCUGCUUGUCCAACACCCUAUACGAGACCCCGCCUAGUAGCGUGUCACCCCCUAUCCCGGACAGUCUGUCGGAGGUGCCGGAGUCGACGCAGGUGAGCCUCAGCGAGGACGACUUCACGAGCUUGUUGAUCGCUGGUUGGGACGAAAAUAAUCAACUGGAGCUUCUCGAUCUUUUGGACACCCUCUAAAUUCUGCAAUGUCUCCCCCCCCUCUCUCUCUC